AACAUACCCCUUAACCUUGCAUAAAUACCCCUCCUAAUAAUCACUCUUAUCUUCACAAACAACAUACACUCUCAACCUCCUCUCUUUCUCUCUAAUUACCACUCUCCCUCUAGGUACGACGCCAUGACAAAGGAUGUCGAAACCGUGGCCGAGCCGAACCAGCCUGAGUUCUCAGCAAAGGACUACCAUGACCCUCCCCCUACUCCACUCAUUGAUAUGGAGGAGCUCACUAAGUGGUCAUUUUACAGGGCUUGCAUAGCUGAGUUUGUUGCUACUCUUCUUUUCUUGUAUAUUACUAUCCUUACUGUGAUUGGGUACAAAAGCCAGACUGAUCCCGCCGCUGGUGGUGAGGAUUGUGGUGGUGUUGGAAUCCUUGGUAUCGCUUGGGCUUUUGGUGGCAUGAUCUUUAUCCUUGUUUACUGCACCGCCGGUAUCUCUGGAGGACACAUCAACCCAGCAGUGACCUUUGGGCUAUUCAUUGCAAGGAAGGUGUCUCUACCAAGGGCAGUUUUCUACAUGAUUUCUCAAUGUCUUGGUGCUAUCUGUGGUGUUGGGCUAGUUAAAGGCUUCCAAAAGGCUUUCUAUGUUAGAUACGGCGGUGGUGUUAACGUGAUGUCUGCUGGAUACAACAAGGGUACCGGUCUUGGUGCUGAGAUCAUUGGUACCUUCGUUCUUGUCUACACGGUGUUCGCCGCUACUGACCCUAAGAGAAACGCUAGGGACUCCCAUGUUCCCGUGUUGGCACCACUUCCCAUCGGUUUCGCAGUAUUCAUGGUUCACUUGGCCACUAUCCCAAUCACCGGUACCGGAAUCAACCCCGCUAGAAGUUUUGGAGCUGCCGUGAUCUACAACCAAGAGAAAUCAUGGAACGAGCACUGGAUAUUCUGGGUGGGACCAUUCAUAGGAGCAGCAGUAGCAGCAUUCUACCACCAAUACAUCCUAAGAGCAGCAGCAAUCAAGGCUCUUGGAUCAUUCAGGAGCAAUGCUUAAAUUAAAUGAAACAUCAUUUUCUAUUUAAAUUUGUGGGUUUUUUUUUUUUUUUUUUUUUAAUUAUUAAUGGGGUUUGAAAAGGAUGGAGAGAGAAAAGACCACACAAAUUGUAGAUAAACAACAAAUGGGGUCAACAAUGGGCAAUAAUUAUUAAGGGUGUGUUUGGUUGCUUCUCUCUGUUUGUUUCCUUUCUUUUCUUGGUUUUUUUUAAAACCAUUGUAUGUUGUAAACUUCUUUUUUUUUUCCUUUUAAUAUGAUAAUUAAGUUUAUUGUGGAGCUUUGUUA